UUCACAGGAAGUUCACUGACGGGAGGCAAAGAGCAGCUAAAAAGGCCGGAGGACGAUGAUUUGAUAUCCAAGCAGAAUAAAAAGAGACCCAGGCCGAUCCUUCUGCAGCACAUGUCCCCCCUGCUCAAGAAGAAAAUGAAGUAUUCCUGUACCAAAGAUCAGUCUUUUGCUUCUGUCGGCAAACAUGGCGUCUUAAGAGAAUUCUCCUUCUUCGAUAAGGUCCGCCGCCUGUUUAAAAGCCAGGAAGUCUACGAGAACUUCCUGCGCUGCAUCGCCUUGUUCAACCAGGAAGUAGUUUCGGGAGCGGAGCUGCUGCAGCUGGUCACGCCUUUCCUGGG